AUGAGUGAACAUGGUCAAGAACCUCCAUACAAUCCAACAUUUAUGCACUCAAUGCCAUCAACACCAGCUCCUGUAGUCAUAGAUGCAUUUUCCAAUGAGUCUCACAAGACUAAGUCAUCCAAUGAUAGCUUGAGCGGAGCGACAUUGAGCUGGUAUAUGAGAUUGGACAACACAAAGAUCAAAAAACGGAAAGACUUGGUAGAUGCUUUUGUGAAGCAAUACAAGUACAAUAUGGACAUCACUCCUAAUAGAACUAGUUUGUCAAAUUUAGAGAAAAGGGAUAAAGAAAGCAUAAGGGAAUAUGCUCAAAGGUGGAGAGACCUAACUACUCAAAUACAUCCUCCACUGUUGGAUAAAGAGAUGGUGACUCUAUUUGCCAACAUGCUCAGGGCACCAUACUAUGAGCAUGUGAUGAGUAGUUCGGCCCAGCAAUUUACUGAUGUUGUGGCAGUAGCUGAGUGCAUAGAGCAAGGAGUAAAGAGUGGUAAAAUCUCUACACUUAUAGAGAAAAGGGGCUUCAAAGGUAAAAAGAAAAGGGUUGACUAUAUUGAGGGUAGGAAGAACCCAUUCUAA